CUACUCAACGCAACGAACCAAAAAAAGUCCGCUUCAACGGGGUCCAGAAGGGAAAAAAACGCAAGAUCACCAACGAGAGGAAUCCGCCUGCCUGCAGCCGUUGCAGGUGCUGAAGGCGCCGCUGUCCAAUGGCCUCGUCUCCUGAAGCAGCUCCUUGCCCAUCCCGGUUUGGACCUGCAGCGGCGUCAGAGCCCGGCAUGCUAG